AGCCCAGUGGAGCCCCAUUCGGCCAUUCCCCCAAAUCGGCAAAUCCCCAGGAGAGGCGAGAGGCGGAGACUCCAGCCGCUGCCGCCGCCACCACCCACGUCGGCGCCAUGGCCGCUGCCUAGGAGCUCUGUCGCCGGCCUCUCCAGCGCCCCUGCGUUAUCCCUCUUCCCCCGUCGACGUCCCACACCGCCGCCUCCCACGUCGGCGUCCAAGUCCGCCCCUCUAGGUCGACGGCGGAGGGGGGCAGGGGGCACGGGGGGAGGAGGAGGAGGAGGAGGAGGAGGAGGAGGAGGGGUCCGGGUGGUGGUUGGGGGCCUUGUCGUCCCGCCGGCGACGAGUGUCCACGAGCUGCUCGAGUGCCCCGUCUGCACCAACUCCAUGUACCCGCCCAUCCACCAGGUUUUUCACAUUUAAGCUAAGUACUUGGAAAUAGGAGAAACAUACGACAUCAAGAAGGUAUGGCAGGACCACUCCCUCUGGCUUGAUGGCAAGGUUGUGAAGGCCAAAAUCUAGGACAAACUGACCAAGAACGAUACAACUUCUGCUAUUGUUGGUCUUUUGAUAGAGGACCGGCUAGUGCACCUCAUUGCAAGCUCCAAAACUCUCCGAGCAGAAGUUUGAUCAUAAUCGCAUCGAAGCCUCUUGUCGACUGCAUCAAUAUUACCUCGAUCGAAGUUUGGCCUCACACCCUCACAACUUCAGUUAUGAGGAAGCUGCUAUCGAUGUAUCAAAAGCACAAAGUGAAUCCCAGAUGGGUUACGACUAGGGUUACGGCUUACGCCUCGCCGCCUCCUCCCCGGGAAAGCAGAUUCUAGGGCUCACUCUUCCCCUCCCAGAAAGCGAAGAUCUACAGCUUGUCUCCCCGUCGGCCGCCGCCGGCCCGCCGGAUUUCCGUGGUCGCGGGGCGGAGGGGUGAGCCGCGGGCGUAGCAAGCCGGCGAGCCAGACUGGUGGGAGGGGGGCAGGGGGGAUGUAGCCGUGGGCGCGCCGUUGGCGAACCCAAAUUUUGCUAGAGCCAGGCGCCUAGUCCUCAAGGGCGCGGGUGCAGGAACAGUACAAGACCAUGUCUUCAAGGAGAGGAGGUGGUGGCCGCCGUGGUCGUGGCCGUGGCCGUGGGAGAAGUGCUUUGGCAGAAAAUGAUAUGGACUUUCAUGAAACCUCUGCACUUUCUUCCCCGAGCACUACUUCUGAUAAAGAGGACAAUAUCGAGUUCACUUCGCAGCAACCUUGUCUUGUAAGCCCAGCAGCAGAGCAUGUAUCCAACACAUUACUCAACCCUAAGAUCAACCACCGAUCGGAUGCAAUCUUCGGUGAUCAGGCUGUGGAGCAGUUGAAGUUGCGACAUCACAAACCUUUAAAAUUUCAUGAGAGAUACCGUCCUUAUUUGAGGGAUGCUGGCCUUCUUGGGCUCUCACAAAUUUGCCAGAAGAUGCCUCAAUUGGACAAGGCAUUGAUCACUGCCCUUGUUGAGCGUUGGAGACCAGAAACUCAUAGUUUCCACUUGGCUUCUGGGGAGAUGGCAGUUACACUACAAGAUGUAGCAAUGUUGUUAGCUCUUCCUAUCGAUGGCCGUCCAGUUUGUUCUACCACUGAUCAUGAUUAUGCGCAGAUGGUCAUUGAUUGUCUAGGUCAUGAUCCAAGAGGACCAUCAAUGCCUGGAAAAUCUUUUCUGCACUACAAAUGGCUGAAGAAGCAUUUCUAUGAAUUACCAGAAGGAGCAGAUGAUCAGACUGUGGAGAGGCAUGUUCGAGCAUAUAUCCUGAGCCUUUUAUGUGGGGUGCUAUUUCCAGAUGGAACAGGACGGAUGAGUCUGAUAUAUCUUCCAUUGAUUGCUGAUCUUUCUCGUGUUGGGACAUACAGCUGGGGAUCUGCAGUGCUGGCCUUCCUAUACCGUUCUCUUUGUUCUGUUGCUUCCUCCCACAAUAUCAAGAAUAUUGGUGGUUCAUUGCUUCUCUUGCAGCUUUGGAGCUGGGAGCGCUCCCAUGUUGGCAGACCAUUGGUCCGGUCUCCCCUGUGCCCAGAGACAGACAUUCCACAGGAUGUGCCACCUGUUGGCUUUCGUUGGGUAGGUGCGCGCACACAAAGUGAGAAUGCUACACGCUGUCUUAAGCAGUACAGGGAUGAACUGAACCUGCAGCGAGCUGAUCAGGUGAAGUGGGAACCCUACUUGCACAUUGAGUCUUCAAGCUUGCCAUUGCUUUGUACAAAAGAUGCAGAUUUGUGGCUUACACAAGCUCCACUAAUAAAUUUUCCGAUAGUCGAGAUGUAUUUGCCUGAGCGAGUGAUGCGGCAAUUUGGGCUUCGCCAAUCCAUUCCACCACCUUUUCGACCUACCCUACAGGCGCUGCAUCGUAUUAGUCGACGUGGCAGAGAACAUGAGAACUGGGAAGAGACACAUCAUGAGUACAUUCAGGAAUGGGAAGCCCGCCGGCAGCGCAUAUUUCCAGAGUCAGAGCAGUAUGACCCAUCGUCUUAUGAGGAGUACCUGCAUUGGUACUCAGGAGUUACACGGCGGUAUCUUGUACCAUCAAUCAGUGAUGAUGUGGAAGCAGGACCUUCAUUACAGCCUGAUGAUUCCAUUGAUCUUCAGUAUCAAGCCAAGGCUCCUAUGAUCCGCAAAGCAGUUGAUAAACUGCAUGGUAUGGUAAAGAAGGCCAAGAUGGCCAUGACAUCCACAGCUGAUACAACCACACAAGCCUUGGUCUUUGAGUUUCUGCAUGGCUUUCAGGAUGUUCUCCAUGACCUUGGCGAGAUCAAGGAAAAUGGUGGUUCCGCUACUAGUCCACAUGUUGAAUCAGCUGCCGCUCAAGACAUGCCUCUACUUUUGCUAGAAGCUGAACAGAACAUUGUUGAUGCCGAUCAAGAAGCUCAGCAUCAGGAAGAGGAAGAGCUUCACAUGGUGGAUGAUGCAACAAUGACCCUCGAGCCUAUGGAUGAGGAGGAUAAUGGUUUCAACAAUGUCAUCUGCCCAUGUCCUUCACUGGAGUUGGAGGAACACAGUCACUCAGCUACACCAGCCAUCGAUGAGUGUGAUACAGCCACUCCUGCUCCAGGCUCUGCAAUCCCACAGCAAAGCACUAGUGUUGAUCAAGAUGGACAUCUGGAAAAUCCUAACUAAAUGGGCCAGAUUGAACUAAUGGUGGAACCUAUGUAUGUGGAUCACAAUGAUUCCAACAAUGUGCUCUCAUCCAGCACGUCAGCUCAGGCGCUGUUGGAGAAUUGUGAAGUAGCAGAGGCAGUCAAUGAAAAUGUCGAUCCAGCCACCCAAGUUACUGGCUCAUCUACCCCAGAACAGGGCACGGAUGUCAUAGUAGAUGCUGAACAAGAAAACCCAGCCACAACAGAGGACAACUAACUUCAAUGGCGUCCCCUCGUCUGCAAAGGUGACAGGCGAUUCUGAUUUCUCCCCUUUUAUGGACCAAUUCGUGAAUUUAAGUAUAAAUUCAAACGAAACAGAGCCAACUUUUGCUCUGUUGGCUGCCCAUGUCCUUUUAUGGACCCUUUUAUGAACCAUAGAACCACCCAUAUAUACUGCCAUAGGACCUUUAGUGCACGGUUUUGUAUAGUUUAGGGUGAAGAUUUCUGGUUUUGUAUUUAAGGGACCUAAAAAAAUCUCGCUGUAUAUACUGCCAUAGGACCUUUAGUGUAUGGUUUUGUAUAGUUUAGGGGUGAAGAUUUCUGGUUUUGUGUUUAAGGACCUAAAAAAAAUUAAGUUGAGGUACCUCCGGUGAACUUAUUCUUUUAU